AUGAAAAAAAGAAAAUUUCUGCAACCUAGUUAUAGAAUUUUGUGUCUAAAAAUUCCUACAACUUGGAGGAAGGUUUUGUGGACCAAAAAUUAA